AUGUCCGACCUACAAGGACGUAAGAUCUUUAAGGUUUUCAACCAAGAUUUCAUCGUCGAUGAACGGUAUACCGUUACCAAAGAGCUGGGGCAAGGAGCAUACGGCAUCGUUUGCGCUGCCGUAAACAACCAGACAAACGAGGGUGUAGCUAUCAAGAAGGUCACCAAUGUCUUCAGCAAAAAGAUCCUGGCGAAGCGCGCCUUGCGCGAGAUCAAGCUGCUACAACACUUCCGAGGUCAUCGCAAUAUCACAUGUCUUUAUGAUAUGGAUAUUCCCCGACCGGAAAACUUCAACGAGACAUAUCUAUACGAAGAGUUAAUGGAAUGCGACUUGGCUGCUAUCAUUCGUUCAGGACAGCCUCUUACCGACGCCCACUUCCAAUCCUUCAUCUAUCAGAUUCUCUGUGGUUUGAAAUAUAUUCACUCGGCCAACGUUCUGCACCGUGAUUUGAAGCCAGGUAAUCUGCUCGUCAACGCCGACUGCGAGUUGAAAAUUUGCGAUUUCGGUCUAGCCCGCGGCUUCUCAGUCGACCCCGAGGAAAACGCAGGUUACAUGACUGAAUACGUUGCUACGCGAUGGUACCGUGCGCCUGAGAUUAUGUUGAGCUUCCAAAGCUAUACUAAAGCUAUUGAUGUUUGGUCUGUUGGAUGUAUUCUCGCUGAACUUCUCGGUGGACGGCCCUUCUUCAAGGGACGCGAUUACGUCGACCAGCUCAAUCAGAUCCUCCACAUUCUCGGAACCCCUAACGAAGACACUUUGCUGCGCAUCGGUUCUUCCCGCGCCCAGGAAUACGUCCGAAACCUGCCUUACAUGGCUAAGAAGCCUUUCCCAACACUAUUUCCCAACGCCAACCCCGACGCGCUAGACCUUCUCGACCGCAUGCUAGCAUUCGACCCCUCUUCGCGUAUUAGCGUCGAACAAGCCUUAGAGCACCCCUAUCUUCACAUCUGGCACGACGCUUCUGACGAGCCCGAUUGUCCUAACACUUUCAACUUCGACUUCGAGGUCGUUGACGACGUUGGUCAAAUGCGCGAAAUGAUCAAGGACGAGGUAUUUCGAUUUAGACAACUAGUACGCACGGCCCCGGGAAGCGUCGGGCAGACCGGUGGACCGCAGGCGGCGGUUGGUCAAGUACCGAUGCCCACUGGUGGAAACUCGCAGUGGAGUGCCGAAGAUCCUCGACCCCAAGAAUACACAAACCAGAUGGGUCUAGAAGGGGAAUUAGCAGGCGGGUUGGAUGCUGGUGUUCGAAGAUAG